AUGGCCCGCCCUACAUCUCAACCAAUGAAUCCAACCGACUGGCAGGAGUGGUACAAGGAUCUGGAGGGGGAGGGGAAGAUUGCUAUUCCUCUGCACGCAGCAGACGAAGUGAACAAUGAUUCGAAAAUUGCAAUCCAUCGAGGUAUAAUCCUUGAUGCAACCACUGUUCUCGACUCAUCCAUGCACGACCUUACAAUCUAUGCUGAUGUUCUUGCCUUUGCGGUCAACGAAACCCACAUAUCACCUGCUAAAAAUGGCAUCGUGCAGAUUGUGGCUCGAGUUCUGACUGCUGCCGAGCCAGUGACCCUAGUAAUCCCACCUGGGGACGCGGCAACCUCUGCAAUCUCUCUCUAUGCGUCAGUGUUAGACCAACCAAUAUCAGUCCGAACGGGUGAUUCCAAACCAAUCACUCUGGAACUCGGACCGACAACAGAUAAUGUUGGCGUAAUUAUAACCUUCUCUGGUGGGGAAGUGAUAGCCGACUACACAAAAGGAUACUCUCCAGACAGCCACCCGCAGCUGAGGGCCAGCCUGGAGACUGGGCUUCGCAUUGCGCUUGCAUGCUUUUGGAAAUGCAGCUCAGUCUGCGUUUCUAUUUGUGCUCAUGUUGCAGCAAUCACACACAAUCAGCAACUCUACGCGAUGCUCAAUGCACAGGCCGUGGCGCUGGGCCAGCAGCUCACUGGACGAGUGAUGGCUGGUUCAGACAUGAGCUGGGCACCUGUAUUGCCUCUUGGCACAUACCAAAAAACCGUGGAGGCGGCUUUGGCCGCCAUGGCUGCGUUUGAGGAAAAUUAUGGUCGCUUUCAGGAUAAGGCGGAGUCUCUUCAAAGCCAAAUCGAGGCGGGCAACACUAUGCUAUCUCAGGCGAUUGACAAUAUGGGCUUGCAUGUCAGCUUACGGGACUCAGCAAAUGCAAAAUACGAUUAUGCCGUCAAAUCUUCGGCCUCUUGCGACACCCAGUUUCGUUAUGAAAAUGAUGCGCUGGAAAUUGCCGAGAUAACAUUCCAACGUGGAAUUGAGAAGUGGAAGAACGAGCAGAAACUUCAAGCUAUAUUUGCCGUCUGCAAAGCUAUCGUCACUUUCGCGGUGGGUAUUGGCGAGCUGUGCAUUGGGAACCCUACCGCUGCUAGCGGGGCAGCGAAAGCCGUGGAUAACGCUGUUGAGGCUGUUGAAGACGCAGAGCAGAUAGUCAACCAAGUCGAAGCCGCCCUUUCAUCUGAAACAUUCAAGAGUCUUGGCAAAGCUGCAAAGGCCCUAUUCAAAUUAUACCCAUCCGUGGCUGAGAUUGUACGUGCGGUCAAAGCAUAUGAGUCCAACCCUGAGAUUGACCUCCCUACAACGGGUGUUAUAUCUGGCUCAACGGAAGGUGAUGCUGAUUCUGCCGCCAUCGCGACGCUGGCAGCAUGGGAUAUAUGGAUUUUAGAGUCAGAUCACCAGAUGGAAUUUGCCGUGUCAAAUGAGAUUGAGGGUGCAAGUGACUAUCAGCUAGCACUGCGAAAGCAUGCAAUAAAUGGAAAGCAAUUGGCUCAGGCUCAGGCCGAAGCCAUCAAAGCCGGUUACGAAUACGUGCAGGCCCAAAUGGAAGUCAUUGUUUGCGCAAAGCAGGUUGAUGAGCUUCAAGUUUUGCUUGCAGGAUACACGGGACAGGAAGAUGUGUACCAACAGACUGGAGUCCAGCUCUAUGAUCGUCUACUGGCACUGCGGACAGGCGUUGUGAUUGAACUGCAAAACAUGAUUUGGGCAUAUCGAUACUGGGCUCUAACAGACAGUACUAUUGUCCUUGAUGCAACAAAAUCUACUGAUCAGUAUUUAACUGACCUCUACACCAUCACACGCGAGAUGGAGACAAUCAACGAACAAUAUAACAGUGACUUUCAAGGUAACUUGUCUCAUUCUUCCUCACGAGCGCUUGCUAAAUACUGA